AUGAUGCCCGCCGAGCCGGCUGGUGGUGACCAAGAACUGUACUAUGUCAAGAACUACGUCCUGGAUUCUGAAGGCCCCGAAAAUGAAGCCGACGACUCCGAGUUUGAGUUCAGCGACUCUGAGGACCAGGAAGGAUCCGACGACAAUUAUCGCAUGUCGCUCGAUCGUCCAGCCGGCCGAAAUGACAAAAAAGCUAACGUCCGAGUAUCGGUUGACAAAGACGCGACGCUGCCGAAGCACUGUGGACUCGACAAGUGCCCCGCCCGCGGCGCUGCCCGUACCAAGGAGACCUCCGCUUCAGGGUCUGCAAGGAGGCCCGGCCGCACGGGUUCCGCGUCGUUACAGCCAGAGGAGCUUUUUGGGCUGCAGGUGCAAAUCGGCGAGGGCAUCCAGCGCAUCGCCGGCCAGAAGACGAAGAUUAGCAGCCCGCGCAUCGGUGACCAGUUCUUCCCGAAGCGCGUCGGCCCACACGGCAGUUUCGACGACCUGCCUCUGUCCGGUGGUUUGCAUGAAAACAUCCGCAUGGCCGGCUUUACCAUGCCCACCCCGAUAGAGUACUUUGGCCUGCAGAAGAUGCUCGAGGUCGACGACAAAACUGGUGACUGGGCCCACAAGGAUAUGGUCAUGUCCUGCCAGACGGGAGCCGGCAAAACCACCACCUACGUGCUCGGCAUCAUCGAGAUGCUGAAUCGCAAGGAUUCAAUGGUCCCGCUUCAGUGCGCCAAGAAGUGCCAGCCGCGCGCCAUCAUCCUCGCCACCAACCACGAGCUGGCCGAGCAGAUUGCCAAUGAGGCGAAGAAGUUUGCCUACGACAGCGGCCUGAAAAUCCACGCGCUCUACGGCGGCACCUUCGUCAACGAUUCGAUUGAGCGCCUGGAGCCAGACAGCGACAUUGUCGUGGCCACAAUCGGCCGUCUGGGCCAAUGGAUCAAAAAUCGGCUCCUUAGCACGGAACGCCUCGAAUUCCUGGCCGUCGACGAGUUCCACGAGUUUGUCGAUUGGCACAAUGAGCCGAGGACGACGUCGGACUUCAACGUCGCGCUGCGAAUGAUGGGAAAUUUUAUGCCCAGCUCGCAACGGGCCUACCGCUGCUUUUUGACGUCGGCGGCGAUGAAUCAGCGUCUACGUGAAGUGGGCAUUGAUCUGCUGAGCAUUGAGGACUUUGUCACGGUGCGCGACGUUGACGGUUCAGAGAAUCUGGUUGCAGUUCGCGGGGAACAGGUUCAAAACGUGAUCUCGGUGGCCGUCGGCAUCGACAUGACCGCCAGCCGGCUGAUCAAGCAGGAGUUCAUCGAUAUGCGUCUGGCACCCAUUGAAAGGAAGCGAGAGGCCCUCCAAAGGCUGCUCAACAGGCAAUUCCGCAUCAACGCACACUCGCCGCGCGGGCCUGACAAUUUGUUUACGCUGGAGCACAUGACGGACGAGGGCGGCUUGAAGCAGAAGGCGCUGAUUUUUGCCAAUGUCAAGAAACAUAUCAACGGGCUGGUCAACGACAUCAUGCGCAUGGGCUUCGAUUGCCGCGGCUUCCAUUCGAACCUUUCCGAAGAGGACCGCGCCCAGAACUACAAGGACUUCUCGGAUGGCAGGAUUCCGGUGCUCGUCGCCACCAACAUGGCGGCCAACGGCUUGGACUUUGGGGCUCGUGGCGUGCAGCACGUCAUCAACUAUCAGCUGCCCUCGGAUAUUUUCGACCACAAAUUCACCUACAUCGAGCGCAUCGGGCGCACUGGACGCGCCGGGAAACGCGGCCUUGCCACCACGUUUUUCGACGCGAAUCUGGACCCGAGGUUCCGCAGCGCCUACACGGAUGAACGGCUCUUCCAGCAGCACGUUUUUGCCGGCUGGCUGGCGGCUCUAUUGACGCGCAUGAGACAGAGGGUCCCCCAAUUCAUCCGCGAGACGGCCGAGGGCCGCGAUCACCGCGGGCGCCUUAUCGGGGAUCUGCCGAGGGAACGAGUGGCCGAGCAGCUGGCCCGCGAUCGCCUGGUGUUCGGUUUUGAUGCUGCGGCCGGUGGGGACGACCAGUUC